AUGUGGGAUGCGGGAAAGAUGCGGGUAGAACCGGAGUUGUCCUUGCAGCCAUGGGGCCAGUGGGACUUACGACAGUCGCUGAAAGCCUGGGAUGAGCUUGUAACUGCCAUUGAAGAACGGAUGCCGGUCCAACCUGAGCAGAGAAGUGGUACUACGACUCUUAUCGAGACGGCCGUGGGGGAACGGUGGUGCGAUCACCCGUUUCAACGUGCAUUUCUGACACAAGCGCGCGCGCCGAACAAUCCCACUAUGAACAUUGCCCCAGGAGUCAGACCAUGGACUUCCUCUACAUUCGAAGCGAUCCACGCCAAUGAACCCAUCAACAGUGAACGCAAACUUGCCAUCGGUAACAAACCAAGCGACAAUGCCCAACGUGAGUGCCAUUGCAAUCGCAACCUCGCUCCCGUACUGCUGUUUCCCAGUGAUACGAAUAUGGCACGCCCAACCAGUCGUAGAUUCGAUAACUUUUGGGGCCGCAGAUCGGUACUGCUUGAGCGGAGGAAGGGGUUGUAUCUUUACCCUGAGGUGGAGUGGGGCAAUGCGAAUGCGUGGUGUCCCUGGAUGCGCGAACGGCCGUUGGCCACUUUGAGGGAGGUACUAACGUUUUGGAAGUUUUUGGUCGUUGAUGGUGUGUGGCGGGUUGAUGAACAUGGUGUUGUGGGGGUUGAAGGGUAUUUUGACGAGCUUGACGGUAGCAGGAAGGUGGUGGAGUUGGGGGGAACGCAGACAGAGGUCGAUUUUCGGGCACCUUGGAGCGCAGCACCAGCUUACUGA